UGACACGUGAGGAUUCAUUCAUCAGGUCUGCACUAAUUUGAAAAUAUAUCUAAAUGUCUCUUCACUUCUUCUUGUUUAAACAAACAGUCAGAAGUCACAUUAUUAUGAGGAGAAGGGUGGAAUUCUUCGCAAUCUUUCUAUAUUUUCUAGUGAAUAUCAUAAACAAAUACAACUGUCUACGAUACCAAUGUUAUGAUUGUCAAUCUUGUCGUGAUAUAAAUGAUGCGACACCGGUGAAGAACAACUGCUUGGCGUGUUCAACCUUUGGAACCGCCGAUAAAGUCUCCCGAUCUUGCUUUAGUAAAUUCUCGGUGCAAUUCCCAAUAUACAAGCCAUUCAAACUGUCAGUAUGUUAUAAAAAUCUAUGCAAUAGUGUAAACUACUCACAAAUUAUUUCAACACCGAAACCUAACGAUACAAGAUUGCGAGAUAAUGAAUUGGGGUGGACAAUAAGUGAGUGUGACGUAGUCAGAAGAAUCAUUUUGUAGUAAACCUGAUUGUAAUAACUUGGCAUUUCAUCUGCGUUUCUGAAUGAAACAUAAACAAUUGAAACUUUAUUAUAUGCAAACACAAAACAAGCGAUUGAUAAGAUCGACUCAUCACUUUCUAUUAAAAGGUUGUGUUCCGAAACCAUUUGAAAAGUUAACUUAGUGAGACCGAUGCAAGAAUGCAAGAUACUUUUAAGAACGUGGCAUCAUGUAUGACAACCAAAUAAAUGAACAACUCUAGUGACAAGUUGAUACUGAAAUGAAGUGAUCUUUCCCGCUUCGACAAAUGUUUGUUCAUCGCUUUUCGAAAGGUGUCUGUCAUCAAAUACCACUAGAAUGAUAAGUGUGUAAUUGAAACUAUGUAUUUUACUCCCAAGGUUGGCAUGCACACUUUCCUUUUAUUCAACAUGCCAGUAGUUCUUCGCAUCAAUCACUGCCAUACUCCAUACAUGAAUAAGAUGAUACACUUUCAUGAUGUCAACAGAUGUGUUCCUGUAGGAGAUCAUUCUUUCACUGUUAUUGCUUGUUUCACUUAUCAUUACUGAAUCAUUCUUUCGUUGCUCAGCUAAAAUUCAAAUAAAUCAAAGCAGCGGUUAUUCUAGUAUCUGAAAAUGCAAAGAACUUCAUGUCACUGUCGAUGUCAUCCUACGCAAGUGUACACAUUCAUACACCCAUCCUCACACCAAUGUUGACAAGUUACUCCACCUUAACAAGAUCUAAAAAGCUUUGCGAUUGCAUAUUUCAACUUAACUCUAAGUUGUCUUAUUGACAUGCAUCACUGAAAGGAGUCUUUAGUGAUUUUGAGAGGACUGCAUCACAGUGAAGGUGGAGAGAUCCUUGAUCAAUUCAGCCACAUGAUUGGUGCCGUGAACUGCUGCAUAGCCAUUCUGUUUAUGAUGUCAGGAAACACUGAACUAGCCCUGAAGAAGUGGUGGACACAAGCUUCCAAUUAAUCACACCAGCAAACGAAAUCCUACCUCACUGGGUAGAAUGUGAAUUGAUUCGAGUCAGUAAUUAGUGAAAUUCUCACGGAGAGAAAUCAAGAUUAUGCGUGCACAAAGUCUGUUUGCAGUCAUUGAUUGGUGGAAUCAGAGAGGGUGCAUGAACCGACUGACAACUGAUGAGUAGCUGAUAGAUUUUAAAAAGUGCUGACAUUGAAAUAAACUUAUGCAGUGGCAGUGGAUGGUCACAACGAAUCGGUAGUAAACACUGUAGAGGAGCUUCAUGCUUGUUGGUGUACAUCUGCAAACUGAAUUUGCGAGCAUGAGGAAACUACUGUGUUCUAUCAGUAAUCGGAACCUGCAUGGAACGGUUCUGAAGUCACAGACGUGACCACCAUGAAGGGUGGAGGUAUGCAUGUUUGUUUUCGAAAGUGCGGUGUUCGAAAACAUUAUCCGGUUGGGAAACAGGGAUUCCACCACUUGUGAUGGAUCUCAAACUUAGGUUGACAUUCUGCCUAACUAUGAUAUGCCUCCUACAUGAGAGGUAAUUAGUUUCAGGGUAGCACUCAAUCCAGUAAAUGGAUGUUUGAGCCACAAAUGAGUCGAAGUCUGUGUAAAGCUGAACGCUGAGUCUGUUCACUAUGUUUGCACCAGUGACAACGACUGCAUGUUCCUAUAUCAGAAUUUGACUGUAACAGUGGUGAAUGUAUCGAAGCUGAUGUUUUUAUGUUCAAGGUGGUGGUGGUGGGAGUGAUUCGAUAGAUAAUAUUGUAAUGUGAACAUUGAUGUUUGCUUUCAAUAUUUCUUUUGUAGGGGAUGCGAUCAGGUGUCAUAUUUGUUCAGACUGCACAAAUAGCAUUGGAAGAAUUGAGUCUGGUUGUGGAGCGUGUGGGGUAGGUGGAAGUUAUCACCUGAUUUGCCUACAUUCAUAUUUGUGUAUUAUUGUAUUGAAACCGUCAGUGUUAGAGGUGAAUUGAGAUGAAAUCUAAUGGUCUGGUUGAAUGGUUACUAAUCUAGUUUGUUAGUUGUGCAAUGAAAUCACUACUGCUAGAGCAACUACUUAAUUUGGAGAGAAAGUCUACCGAUGAUGUUACAUUUACUGGUACAUGAGUGUGUCUAUUUACUGGUGAUCAAAUAAUAAUUAUGUAGUGGUGAAUCAUUUUCUAUUGGGGUGAAAACCUUUAAAAUGCUAUAACGAAAUAAAAAGUAACAAAUGUGAAGUGUUACGUCAUGGCUGAAAAUGACUACUGGUGGUGGUACGAAUAAAGAAGGACACAGAACUAUAAACAUAAGAAAAUGAAUGUUUACCAAUGUUGUGAUAAUAUAGAAGAAAGAGGUUGGGGGUUAAAAUGUGCAAUUGGUGGUAGGAAAGUUUAUAAAUAACGUGUCGAACUUAUUGUGGACCAAAGUAAACAAUACAGAUACGCAUAUUUCUUCUGAACACAUAGAUCAGUUCUCUUACAUAGACACCUACGGAUAUGAUGCCUAUUUGUCCACCUUUAGGGAGGUUAAAUGUGACACGAUAUAUCACAUAAAAGGCGUGAUCUGAUGUCCGGUAUCUAUUGGAUGUGAUUGGACUGUACUCUUGACAAAGAGCAACAACAACAAUGCAAUCUCCCUUAAGGCGCACGACUGCACAUCUUAUCCAUUGCCGAAGCCAUGGGUAUCAAUGCAAGAAAACGUGUUCUGUGUUCAAAAGGAAUAAAUGUAUAUCCACUUUGUCCACCGUCGUCAUAAUAGGGUCAACAGGUUCUCUGUGAACUUUCCUACUACAAGUUGCAUUCAUUAUGUGGUGUAUGCGAUUCACUGAUUUGGUACAGUGCAGUUGCCAAUCUCCUUCUAUUAUCACCUUCAAGAAGACAGUCAAUGACGAAGGUAGAUCAGUUUUGUUUGCAUAAUUUCAUCAGCGUUGGUUCGAAGAAGAUGGCACCCCUACUUGCAUACUUUCAGAGGACAGUAAUCGUCAAUACUGAGUUCAUGAAGGUGAAAUAAACAGUGAACAGUAUACUUUAGAAGCAAUGUCCAAUGCGGGCGAAUUCAGGUCUUCGGUCAACAAACUCAUGUUGACCUUCUAUUCAACAGGUUGACUAACAGAUCAUCUAUUAUUUACAGAGAAUGAGAAAAUUGGUUGAGGAUGUCAACAGUCACACUGUUCAUCAAUCGGGUGCACACCCCACUAGAAUCACCUCCUCCACAUCCGAAUUUAUGGUGAUCACAUAAAAAUACUCUCCACACUGUAAUAAUGUAUCGAGAAUGCAUUUGCGAUGCUGGUACAUUCAGAUGAGUAGAAUACUCAACCGUUUCAGCUGUCUGAUCAAGUAAGAAAUUUGCCUAGAACAGCGUUCCCUGAAUCUGAAUAUCCUGACAAUAGUGUGACUAUGCAAAUGCCUAAUGCAGGUAAUACGCCGACGUGGAAUCGAUUGGACGAUUUGGCUACAAACCAUUCAUGAAUGAAUUUUGAAACGAAUGGAGGUUUGGUUAUUUAUUUGGCACCUGAAGCUGAUAAAUAUGUGCACAUGUUAGUAGCCUAAUCUGGACUUUGCUUAUUAGUUAAUAGGAUCUUGUCAGUGAGCAAGUGUGAGUUUUGAAGACAAUGUCGAUUUUGGAGUUCUGUCGAUCACUGUGCAAAAUAUAAUCGCAGAUGACAAUGGGGCCAUGUUUCGAGAUGUAAACACUAUCUGAAAAGUCGACUGUUUAGAAGUCGAUGUAGAUUUAACUCUGUCCACUCUAAAUAAACUGCAAUAUCAUUUGUAUUCAAAUGCUAAUAGUUCAUUUCUUUUUCCUAGAUCAAAAGAAAUGAAUAUUCCACCGACAAAUAUUGUCUGACUAGCUGUGACGAAAUCGUAGAAGGAUCUGUGGUGUCGUGCUGCACAACCGAUCUGUGUAAUGCAAUGAUGAAGCUGAACAUUCACACAAAGACUAUCAUAUUUCUCUUAGUAUUCGUGAGAGCUACUGCCUAUAUUCUAUGGUGAAGCAAAGAACCAAAGGAUACUGUCCCAUUGAACUCGUGUUUAGUACUAUCUCAUGACUUGUAUCACAGUAUAACCUCAGAUAAGUGUUUAACCUUCUAAUGUUUCCCUCAUCCAUUUGUGGUCUUUGUGUGUAGGUGACUUCUUUCAAACUGAAUAUUUUCACUUCUAAGAUUAGCCGAUAUUUUACUUUCUCAACAAUUUUAAAGUUGAUGCCAAUGCUAACUUAUACAUUAUCGUUACGUAAUAUGAUUGAAAUAUCAUUCAAAAAAGUGACUGAAUUGGAGCAUGCUCAAAA